CACACAAGUUGGAACACGCGCUAGGGGCUAACCCACCGAGAAGAAGCUCGAGACGUCAGUUGAAACAUGGCGCUGAACGGGAGAGCUGUCAACAGUCAACAGAGGGAAGAAGCACCAACAACAACCGCUGCUACUGCCGCACCGUCUCUCUGAAAGUCAGAUACGGAUUACCUGCUUCACUGCUGAAGCUAGCCAGAGCACAUUUAUCUGCGUUUCAUCCUUUUCUGACACUUAACUCGACGUUAAGCUACCGUUACAGACACUGCUUAGCUACCUGUUUAACCACAACAUGAGUCGAUCUGUUUAGCUUACCUUACCGUCGUUUAUCUACUCGGUGGCUGCUACCUAGCUUCUUCUAUUUGGGUUAACCUCAGAGCUACUAGUCGGUGUAUAAUACCAAAACAUGAUUCGUUGAACUGUUGCCGCUUAUUCACUCAGGUCCUGUCAGCUUAAACUCACCUGAGCAUUAUAUAUGCCAAGUUAGUAUCGGUUUAUACUAGCUGAAUAGCAUCGAGAACAUGUCAGACAACCAGAGCUGGAACUCCUCCGGUUCCGAGGAAGACGUGGAGCCCAGAGAUGAGUCUGGACAUCUGAUUGGGAUUGUCGAUUUAAGCGGAGUCCUCAGUAAGUGGACAAAUUACAUCCAUGGUUGGCAGGACCGUUGGGUGGUCCUGAAAAACAACACACUGAGCUACUACAAGUCCCAGGAUGAGACUGAGUAUGGCUGUCGGGGUUCCCUCUGCCUUAGCAAAGCUGUGAUUACUCCUCAUGAGUUUGACGAGUGCCGGCUGGACAUCACUGUAAACGACAGUGUGUGGUACCUCAGAGCAGCAGACCCGGAGCACAGACACCAGUGGAUCGACUCCAUUGAGCUGCACAGGAGUAUCAAAGAAGGGAGGAGAGAGAAGGGAGGAAUCCAGGGAACAAUAUUCAUCUCUCCACCGCUGGUGCGUUUGUUGGCUGAUUCUGGGUAUGGCUCUGAGUCCAGUCUGCGGAGACAUGGCUCCAUGCUGUCGCUCACAUCGGCCACCAGCGGCUUCUCCGCCACCUCCACAUCCUCCUUCAAGAAGGGUCACAGCCUGAAGGAGAAGCUGGCGGAGAUGGAGACAUUCAGAGACAUCUUGUGCAGACAGGUGGACACGCUUCAGAAAUACUUUGAUGGCUGUUCAGACGCCGUGUCCAAGGACGAGCUGCAGAGGGAUAAAAUCGUGGAGGAUGAUGAAGAUGACUUCCCCAACACCAGGACAGAUGGAGAGUUCCUGCACAAUAACAACGGCAGCAAAGAAAAGCUGUUCCAGGCCUUGAGUCCUAAGGGCAUAGACUUUAAGGGGGAGGCCAUCACAUUCAAAGCCACCACAGCUGGGAUCCUGGCCACUCUGUCCCACUGCAUCGACCUCAUGGUGAAGAGAGAGGACAGCUGGCAGAAGAGACUGGAUAAGGAGAUGGAGAAGCGCAGAAGAAUAGAGGAGGGCUACAAAUCAGCUCUGAACGAGUUGAAGACAAAGUCUCACUUUGGAGGUCCAGAUUAUGAGGAGGGUCCUAACAGCCUCAUCAAUGAGGAUGAGUUCUUCGAUGCAGUGGAAGCUGCUCUCGACAGACAGGACAAAAUAGAGGAACAGUCUCACACUGAGAAGACGAGGAUGCAGAGAUCCAGCCCCGUCCCCCCCGGAGACGUCUACUCCACCACCGGCACACACAGAUUCGCUAACAAGGUGGAGGAGAUGGUGCAGAAUCACAUGACCUACUCCCUGCAGGAUGUUGGUGGAGACGCCAACUGGCAGCUGGUUGUAGAAGAGGGAGAAAUGAAGGUGUACAGGAGAGAGGUGGAAGAGAACGGGAUAGUGCUGGACCCGCUGAAGGCCACACACUCGGUGAAGGGGGUGACUGGACACGAGGUCUGCCACUACUUCUGGGACACGGCCUACCGCAACGACUGGGAGACCACCAUUGAAAACUUCAAUGUUGUGGAGAAUCUGUCAGAAAACGCAGCAAUUGUUUAUCAAACGCACAAGCGUGUGUGGCCGGCCUCUCAGAGGGACGUGCUGUACCUGUCCGCCAUGAGGAAGAUCAUGGCCAACAACGAGAACGACCCCGACACCUGGCUGGUCUGCAACUUCUCUGUGGAUCACGACGAUGCUCAGCCCUCCAACAAAUGUGUCCGUGCCAAAAUCAACAUCGGCAUGAUCUGUCAGACCCUGGUCAGCCCACCAGAGGGAGAUAAAGAGAUCAGCAGAGACAACAUCAUGUGCAAAAUCACUUACGUCGCCAAUGUGAACCCCGGAGGCUGGGCCCCUGCCUCUGUGCUCCGGGCCGUGGCUAAGAGGGAGUACCCCAAAUUCCUCAAGCGCUUCACCUCCUACGUCCAGGAGAAGACUGCUGGCAAACCCAUCUUAUUCUGAGGCGCACAGUGUUGAGACAAAGGACAGAAACGCGUAUGAGGCUUUGAGGAUCCAGUGUCUUCAGACUGACUGCUGCUCUGCUGCUACCCAACACGUUUUGUAAAGUGGUUUUCUCCCUCUCAGUUUUUAGCUACAAGUUAGUUCCUAUAGGGGGAGGAAGGGUCAAAAUGCUGCCCUCUGGUGGCGGCAUUCAAAUAAAACAAUAUUCGUGAGGCAACUGAAACCUCGCUGUGAUAUCACAAGUCGUCAUUUCAAGAGACAUUACAAUGGCUGUUAUUCAGAAUAGAUCAUUUCAAGUUUCAUUAAAGAGUAGUCUCCUGUGAUGAAUGCACCCAGCAGGGGGCCCCGCCUCCCCAUGCAAGUUUUUUAUGCAGCGGCCAUUGUUCAUGCUCCUGUAGAAAAAGGAUUUGUCGUGUUUCUAACAGAUAUAUUAAUAUAUGAAUGUAUGUAUGUUCUAUAAGAAGUUUAUAAAAAGAAACAGACAGAUCUUUGCUAAUAGAAGGAAAUAUUUUAUUGCAAUUUAUAGCUCCUAUUUUUUGUUGAUUUAUUUCAAGUAAUUCCCCAGCUUUCUUUUGAAGCUGCUAACAUCACUGAUUGAUUAAGUCCAGAGGGCUGUCAUCUUCCCAUGAGCCCUAUGAUAUAAGACUUGACCUCUUUGACCCCGUCCCUCUCAUGAAAACACCCCCUGGUGGUGCUGACGGAGGGACGAGGCGUCAGGAGUUUGUCAUAUAUUUAAUGUAAAAAAACAAUUAAUGUACAUUGUUUGCUCGGCUUUAUAUUUGUGUUGUACAAUGAUGUAGUGUCAUAUAGCACCUAUUUUGAAUGUUUAUUAAGUUGUAAAUAGACAACAUUUCUCUGAAGGUCACAUCGUUGUUGAGCCCAGAUGCCUUGGUGUAAAAGGAGAAUCUAGCUUCAGAUGGGGGGAAAAGGAAAAUCAGUAGUGAAGUGCCUCGUGGCCGAGUUCCCCUUAUAAUCAUCUCCUCAAGGAGUCCAUUUAAAUUUACUGAAUGAAACAGAGCACACUUAAUUUGGGUUUCCCACCGAGGGCUAGCAGGAUAUUUUUACAAGUUGUAGUAUUACUUGAGAUACAUUUCAAAUUAAGUUCCGUAUCAGCAUCGUCUCCUCCACAUUUCGGGUGCGUCACAACAUUUGCUACUGAAGAAAAUACUGAAAUCAAGUUAGGUUUUGGUAUAUUGUGUAAAAAUGUAGACAAAGGUGGAGGUGCAAAGUCCAGAGUUCAGUAAGGAUCUACACUUGUGAGACCUUCCUGGUUAAAUAAAAUAAAAAAUAUUGGAAUGGUGUACUUAUCAUUCCUUAUUUGACGUUGAGUUGACUGACACUGAUAUGGAAAUAUUAUAACACUUUUAAGAGGAAGUUGGUUUUCACUUCCUUAGUUAUUUGCCAUGUAAAGCAUUUCAAAGUAAAGCAUCGGUAGCUCUACCUGAAUAUAUUUUAGUACUAUUUUCCACCAGUGGACAGCACAAAAUGUUUCUGUUUUUGGGUUAAUUCGAUGAUAUUUGUUGCUAUUUUUUUCCGUCUCUUCUUGAGCGUUUGAUUUUAGAGCCUCUAGCAGUGAUGUGGGUGAGAGUGAGCCGUAUGAUACUCAGCCUCUGGGCCAAGUGGAACGAAGAAAGGCUAAAGCGCUUUCACCUUAACAUUUCUAAAUCAAAAAUGAAUGUUAUUAGGAAUAUGUUUUUGUAAAUAAUUUGUUCAUACUAAUGCUGUGGGAUCAACUUACAAAUGUACUGUGACAGCGUUGCACUUCUGCCCUGUUGAAAAAGUGAAAUAAAUAAGUUUAUCCUCCA